AUGCCCAGACGUCGUGCUCGUGUCAUGGGCGGGGCCCCUGGCCCUGCGCUAGGGCUCCGCGUGCUUGUGAGCGUGCUGUGUUUGUGCUGGAUCUGUGUGUAUGCCAAGCAACCUAGCAGUGCCAAGGACGGCCAUACUCUGCCUGGAUCUUUGCGUGAUGCCGAGCUACGGGAUCGACUGUGGCAGAGUCAGUACCAACUCCGCUUUGGCAGUUUGCCAUGGGAUAUGAUGGAUACCUCCCCCCCACCUUCUACCACGGAAGCAUCCAGUGUGACGUUGAUGCCUACGCCGCCUCCUCGUGGACGGCUUGCACGAAUGGCAGACGGCGUCGUUGCUUUCUUCCUAUGGCCGUGGCUUCAGUUGGCCCAUGGCCUUCAUCAAAUCUUCGCAGCCUCAUCCACAUUUCUGUACCACUUAUUCACGCCGGUACGCUACCUAUACUAUACCACCUACACGGUUCUUAUCCGAUGGCCAUGGAAGGUUUGGCGGUCCUGGGCGCCGUUUCUUCUUCAGAUCUACGGCGUCCUCGGUGUAGCCAGUCUGCUUGGCCUAUUCAUGGGCAUGGUAUGCCUUCAUUCUCUGCGUCUGGAGCAUUAUAUCUACGUAUCGCGUGCACCGCGGGAUGCGCGCGGUGCGCUUUCAUAG